UUUCCCCGCUCCCGCUCCCGGCGGAAGUGGCGCACGCGGAAGAAGCGCGGAGCGGCCGCCCCGGUUUCCGCAGAGCAGCGCCGGGACCCCCCCCGAGCGCGACCGCCACCGCACCCAGAGAUGUUGCGCGGCCUGGGCAGCUGGCUAGGGCUGGAGCGGGCCGGGGAGGAGCAGCUGCUGCCCGCCGGGAAGACGAGCAGUCCUGAGGAAGAGGAGGAGGAGGCGGGUUCGGCCGCGCAGGAGCAGGAGCAGGGGGAGCUGCAGGAGGACUCGGAGGCGCUGCUCAGCCAGGCCAAGGGGCUCGGCAGUUACCUCUUCAAUUUUGCCACUGCUGCUACAAAAAAGAUAUCCGAAUCCGUUGCCGAAACAGCACAGACAAUAAAGAAGUCUGUAGAAGAAGGAAAAAUUGACAGUAUCAUUGAUAAGACAAUUAUUGGAGAUUUUCAGAAGGAACAGAAAAAAUUUGUCCAAGAGCAGCAAACCAAAAAAUCAGAAGCCGCAGUGCCUCCCUGGGUAGACAGCAAUGAAGAAGAAACAAUUCAACAACAAAUAUUGGCCUUAUCAGCAGACAAACGGAACUUUCUGCGGGAUCCCCCAGCAGGUGUGCAGUUUAAUUUUGACUUUGAUCAAAUGUACCCUGUUGCACUGGUGAUGUUACAAGAAGAUGAACUUCUCAAUAGGAUGAGGUUUGAUCUCGUUCCCAAACACGUAAAGGAGGAGGUGUUUUGGAGAAAUUAUUUCUACAGGGUGUCCUUAAUUAAACAGUCUGCACAACUCACUGCACUUGCAGCUCAACAGCAAGCAGUAGGAAAAGAAGAGAGCAAAGGCAGAGAAGAGGAUAGUGAACUGAAAGAAACAGUACGACCGAAAACACCACCUGUUACAAUAAAGCCUCAAAUAAAAUCUCAAGAGGAUGAGGAAGAGAUUUCCACAAGUCCAGGAGUAUCAGAAUUUGUGAGUGAUGCUUUUGAUACCUGUAAUCUGAAUCAAGAAGACCUAAGAAAAGAAAUGGAACAACUAGUGCUAGACAAAAAGAAAGAAGAGACUUCAGUAGUAGAAGAAGAAACUGCUGAUUGGGAAAAGGAAUUACAACAAGAGCUUCAGGAGUAUGAGGUGGUGACAGAAUCGGAAAAGCGUGAUGAAAACUGGGAUAAAGAAAUAGAAGAAAUGCUGCAAGAAGAAAAUUAAACAUUUUCACAAAAUUACUAUAACCCAAAGCUUUUUCUGAAGACUGACAUGGAUUUCUGCUUUCAUAUUUUGCUUACAGAAAUAUCUUCAAAAGACAUAAAAGAAUCUAAAAUCAUUAUAAUUCCAUAUGGGAAUACAACUAGUAUUUCUGUUCUUUAUAUGAGCAGUUUCUGAACUUCUAUAUUCUUCAAAAGAAAAAAAGAGGAGGCAGACACUGCAAGUUAUAUGCCAUAAUUAAAAGUGAUAACAUUAAUACAUGAAGCAACAGUUCAUGUUUUUAGAUGGUCAAGAAGCUCUUCAAAGAGAUUUCUAAAUAUAAGAAUCAAAUUUUUUUUUUGUCUACAGCCUUCUGUUUAGGAUGUAAAAAUGGGUGUUGUAAGUAACUUAGUCCUUGAAAACAAUUCUCUCUUGACAUUUGCACUCUGGUCCCUGUAUAAUCUGUAAAUGUGUACUAUUUUUGAGGUACUUGUAGCUGGUAGCUUUCAUGUGUAUUUAACUUCCUUAAUGUAUGUAGCCAAUCAAUUUGUAGAAAACUCUAUUGAAUAACUUUCAAUGAUUUGUUAAAAAAUACUAAUGCAGACUCCAAAAGAAACUGAUUAUUUUUCAGUCAGGUGGCAAACAUUUAAGCAUUUAAAUAAGGAUAGAAUUAUUAACAGCUUGAAUUAAAUUUGUUUUUGUUAAAUCAUCAUAUUAAGAUAUUGCCUUUCCCCACAGAGAGAAAUAGUUUAAUGCAUUCUCUCUGCAGAAGGCUGUUAUGUUUCCAUUUAAUUUUGCUGUCUGAGCUGAGAGCAAAUUAAAUGUUCCUCUUUAAGUGCUGAAACAUUUAUGUAAAAACUUUUGCUGGUUUGGACACCUUUAUUAAAUACUGUAGAUAUGUAUAAAA